GGAUACGAUGGUCGCGAGACCCCACCCCGCAGAGGUGGCUCAACCGCUGCUCAGGUUCCCUCCUCCGAUCCUGUGAGCUGUUGGCCAGGAUGGGAAACGAAACCAGUUACCCGGAGGCGAUGUGCUCUCCCUUCAACCAAGAUGAAAUUAAAAGGCUGAGCAAGAGUUUCAAGAAGCUGGACUUGGACAAAUCGGGCUCUCUGAGCGUGGAGGAGUUCAUGGCCCUGCCUGAGAUACAGAAGAAUCCGUUGGCAAAGCGAGUGAUCGACAUCUUCGACACGGACGGCAAUGGAGAAGUGGACUUCAAGGAGUUCAUCAUCGGUAUCUCCCACUUCAGCGUCAAGGGCAACGUGGAGCAGAAGCUGAGGUUUGCCUUCCGCAUUUACGACAUCGAUGAAGAUGGCUACAUUUCCAACGGGGAGCUCUUUCAAGUGCUGAAGAUGAUGGUGGGAGAGAACCUCAGUAACUGGGAGCUGCAGCAGCUGGUGGACAAAACCAUCAUCGUUAUGGAUAAGGAUGGCGACGGGAGACUAUCCUUUGAGGAGUUCAGUGCUUUAGUCAGACACCUGGAGAUCCACAAGACGUUGAUACUGACUGUGUGAGCCCUUUUUGCAUCACCAUCACCCAACAACUUUUGCCUUCUCUCCUCUUUCUUUCAUCUCUACUCAAGGCAUCCAGCAACUGCUUCUCCACUACCUAGAACUGCUUCUCUUUUCCAAACUUUGUCACCAAAGCAAUGUUAGUAAUUGUU